AUGAUGACUCCCGCUGCGGUUGUCAGGAGUGGUAAAAUAGUAAACUGGAGAAAAUAUGGCAAAAAAUUGUGCUUCCAUGUCCCUACCUUGAGACAAAAAUACACUGUCAACAAAAGAACAGUGAGGUUUUCUAUACUGAUGUGGUUUUUACUCAAAAUUUGUGUUUUUAAAUGUACAUAGUCCAGCUGUCAGGGUGUAGAAAUCAGUUUACUCCAAUUUAUUUAUAAAGCGCAUUUAAAAUAACAGUUUUAAAAGAAAGACAACAAGACACAGAAGAUCUAUAUAACUUCAAGUGCUCCAGAAUUCAAAUAAGCCAGAAGAAACAAGAGACAAAUGAAAAGGGUUUUAAAUGGGUUUAAAGGGUUUAAAACAAUAUGUCAGUUUUGACAGGAAUUUUUCUUUCAUUUUGUCCUUCUUUGUGGCAGAUCUAUUCUAAAGUAUCCAACGUCAACAUCAGUGAAGAUCACACCGUUACGUCCUCCAGAUAACGUCGUACUCUGAAUACCAUUUCACAACUGAAACAGUCAUUAUCCCUUUAGGGAGUAGAGCAGACAUGUGAGGAAUAUGGAGACGGCCGUUGCUGCUUGAUGAUCAGCUGUUCAAAUAGCUGACUGAUACUGCCGAGAGUAUUUGUUUGUCAUUUCAGUGGAGGGAGGCACAGUGAAAAUGACUCACUCAUUGUUGUGUAAUGAGUCUAUUCUGAAAUGGCAUCUCUGUGUAAACGCCAAGCAGCAAGGUCUGGGAAUGUUUGUGAGAGAGAGAGUGUGUGAGAGAGAGGCAAUGUAUCUUCGGGGAUAAACAACAUUUUAAUAAUUUCUUUCUGAUUAUUUAUUAAACCUCUCAGAAAGGAGGAAUAGCACAAGGCAGUGUUGCACCCAGCAAAGUGAGACCGAUAUGAAUUUGUUUACAACUGUGCAAAUUGCCUAUAUGCCGAUGAAAGGCAACUGGCAGGGGUGUAGUUAGACUCCACUCUCAAAAGGGCUAUGAAUUAUAGAGCUCAAGUUAAAAUGAUUACCCUCUCCUCUGGAAACCAUAGACAGAAAUAUAAACAACCAUGUAUUGACCCAAGCCAAGAAAGUCACUAUCAUACAAAAGUCCCAAUUUGUUGUUUUCUUGUUUAAUUCUUUCAUUGUCAAAGGUCAAUCUUCAAAAACUCGUCUGUCUAACCCUACCUGCACUGAAGGACUCCAUCUCCCUCAGCCACCCUUGUCCCCGCCUCCACCUCUACAGUAGUAGCCAUGAACUGGUCUGCUCUAGAGGCCCUCCUCAGUGGUGUCAACAAAUACUCCACUGUCUUUGGACGGGUCUGGCUGUCCAUGGUCUUUGUCUUCAGGGUGAUGGUGUUCGUGGUGGCGGCCCAGAGGGUGUGGGGUGAUGAGAGCAAGGACUUCGUCUGCAACACGGCUCAGCCAGGCUGCAACAACGUGUGCUACGACAGCAUCUUCCCCAUCUCCCACAUUCGCCUGUGGGCCCUGCAGCUCAUCUUCGUCACCUGCCCAUCGCUGAUGGUUGUUGGACACGUCAAGUAUCGGGAGAAGAAGGACAUGCAGUACACUGCCUCACACAAGGGCAGCCAUCUCUAUGCCAAUCCUGGGAAGAAGCGUGGGGGGCUGUGGUGGACAUAUUUGGUGAGUCUAAUUUUCAAGGCAGGCUUUGAUGCUGGCUUCCUCUACAUUUUGUACUACAUCUAUGACGGUUAUGACAUGCCCCGCCUGUCCAAGUGUGCCCUCGAACCGUGCCCCAACGUCGUGGACUGCUUCAUAUCCCGUCCCACCGAAAAGAAAAUAUUCACCCUCUUCAUGGUGGUCUCGUCUGCCAUCUGCAUCUUCAUGUGCAUCUGCGAGAUGAUUUAUCUCAUCUUCAAAAGGAUUCAAAAACUUAUGAGACGGAAGGCUGAGGCAGACAGGAAGAUGUUCGCAGAGACGCAUGAGAUGGCUCCACUGGCAGCGCCCAGGUCCUCAGCCAGAGUGGAUCCCACAGCAUCUAUCCAGAACCUUAGUAAUGUCAGAGCUGAAGAAAUACCUGUGAAAACAUAAUCUGAGCUCCCUGCAGCUGUGGCAGCUUAACAAAAACGGAUUAAUGACAUGAAAAACCACUUAAAGUAAAUACACUGUACACUUCAAAUAUAGACGAUAGAUAUGAGGCCUGUACAGUCAUACUGAUGUCCUUAAAGAACUAUAUCACUUCAAGUGCUGCAGAAUUCAAAAAGACCAGAUAAAAAAUGGUUUGAUGGAUGGAUGCAUGGAUGAAUGGAUGGAUGCAUGGAUGAAUGGAUGGAUGGAUGGAUGAAUGGAUGGAUGGAUUUAUGGACACAUUUUUUCAACGACACAUAUAACUGUGUCCACAAUCUAUCCAAUGUAAAUAUCUUGUUGAAUGUAGAGUACACUUUAUGCACUUAUUCUCUUUCUAAAGAAAUAUAAUCCAAUAAGGACUACUUUUGUUAGAGAACAUCUAAACGGCAGUGUUUAUUACUGUUGUGACUUAUAAAGUUACUUGUCCGUAAAUAA